GCUCCCGACUCACUCUCUCUCUCCCUCCGAGCGGCCCCGAGAAGGUCCGAGCUGUUACCCCCAUAGGCCGGACGGGCCUUGCUCCAUUAUGGAGUCUCACAGUUUGGAGACGGAAGGGGAGAUUCUCCACAAGUCGCCGAUGAUCCACGGGAAGGAGCAGCUCCGGCACGGGCACAAACCCCCGAUUCUCCUGCCAGUGUCCACAAGCAAUCACUCUCCAGAGACAUCAUUAUCUCCUAUUGACACCUUGAAUUCUCUGUCCAACUUUGAAGCUGAAAUGGACCAUGAUGGACAGGGGACUUAUUCUCUUUUCCCGGCACUGGAUAAUGUGACGAUUUUGUCAGGAACUAGUGAAGCACUGGAAAGUGAACCAGCAGCUGAUGUAAAUGACAAACCAAACAUGACGUGGUUGGAUGCUGCACAGAUUGUUCUGGAAGAGGCUGGGAGGCCGCUGCACAUUAAAGAAAUCAAGCAGAGGAUACUGGACCGAGGACUUGUACAGUCAAAUUCCAAAUCUAGCUUGGAAGCAGUUCUAUAUCGAGAGACUCAAAAAGGAAGCAGGCGUUUCAAGAGACUUGAGAACAGGAAUGGGGUCUUCGGUUUGUUGACGGAGAAGGAACGACAGCAGCUACUCCAGACAUACCCUGCACAGCCUUUCCUUGUGCCAGCAACUCAUCCACCUGAGUAUCCUAAUCCUCAGUUAAUGGACCAUCUCUCCAACUUUCCCUCCCCCUCCAUCUUCCAGGAAUCAAAACCCAAAUUGAAAAAAGUUUUGAAGAAGACUCUGAAUGAGAAGUACAGAAUUAAAUACCUUCGGCUGCGAAAGACUGUAAAAACUCUGAUCUUUGAGAAUGCAGCUCUAUGCGAUGAAAUUGCUUAUAUAGAGCAGAAAUUCAUCCGGACUAAGGAAGAACGACGGUUCCUAUUGAAGCGGCUAUUGCAACAUCAGAACUUAACUGAUGGGACUGACCUUGCAGGACCGACCAGCACUCUGCUUACUCCCCCUGUAUACAAUGUCCAUGGAGGAUCCAACCAAGUGCCGGGAGUCUCAAACCUUCCUACAACACCUGUUACCAGUACUUCAGUUGGAGAGGAGGCAGUGGGGAAAAAGUCAAAGAAAGACAAAAAGGACAAAGGAAAAGAUAAUGGCAAAGAUGAUGAUUCACAGCCUUUACUCCAUGGAUAUCAGUGCUUGAGCUCGUCUUGCUGCCAGGAUCGCUAUUAUGAGGGCGAAGAAGAGGGCUGAUUGGAACAUCCUUAUUUUCUCCCCCGACAGACGGAGAAUGUGAUGUUGCCACAGGAAAGGCUGUUUGAUGAAAUGCAAGCAGGGAGAGUAUUACUGUUUUCAAGUGACUGUUAUAGGAGCGAUCUAGCACAUGGGAUAUGAUGGCUACUGAUAUUUCUGUAAAAGCAUUUGAUCAGUUCAUACUGGCCCAGGGUGCCAGUUGCCAAUCUUAGGGACAGACCUUGGCUAGUAUUGUACAUUUUGAUCUGAGCUCAGUUACAGGUCGCUACCUAUUUGGAAUGUGACCAUAUCUUACUUGAAAGUGCCAGGAAAGAUGCCUGUCUCUUUAACAUAUGGAAUUACAGCAGGAAGCAAAGAAUUGUCAGCAUCCAAUCAAGAUGUCCUGGAGAUCUGGAGUGCUGAUUUGUUGAGAUUAGGACAGUCAGUGCUGCUGUCUAUCCUAGUGGAGAAAUUUGGCCAUUGGUGGAUACAGGUGGGAUUCCUGAGGUCUCCAGGGAGAUGCAGAUUUUUGAGGAUUUUGCUGUCAUCAUAUUUUAGCUCACCCUCUGUAUUCCAUCAUAAAAAUAGAAAAUGUAAAUAUGCAGCAGCUCUGGCAACGUCUGUGGAGGAGAAAACUGGGUCAUUUCAGUGGCCUGUCACAAGAAUCCGAAACAAACCUGUCACCAGAAUCCAAAACAAUCAGAAAUGAAACUGAUUUUAAGCAAGUACAAAGGCAGGGAAAGAUGGAGGAGUGUUGUUGUGUGGAAACGACAAAAGGGAAGGUUUGUUUUGGGGUGGAAUGCAGGAGAGAUUAAAUGACAAAAAUGAUGGUGUAGGGCAAGAAGAAGAAGUAGUAACACAACAAAUAAAGAACCAAAAGAGUGGCCUCUUGGAGGUGUAAGUGGAAAUAACAUGAUCGUUAUUCACCACAUCCAGGCCCAUAGCAAUGAGGUUGACUGUUAACUUCCCAUUUGAAUUGUCCCUAACAAGCCAGUCAAUUCAAGGGCAAUGAGUGCUGGCCUUGUCAGCAAUGCCUACAUCUCACGAAAGAAUUUUUUAUAAAGGGCAGUGUAGGAGGUGAAAGACAAAGAGGUGGGAAUGGAGCAGAGAAUUAAUGUGACGGAUGACCAGAAGCUUGCAGACUGAACUGAUUGGUAUAACGAUUAGAAGGGAGGAGAUGAAAGGGAAGAUCUCAUGUGUUUUAUGUAAAAUCUUGAUGGUAAGAGGAGGAAUAGAUGAGGCUACUGUAGAGAGAACAGUUUGAAAUGUUGAAAGUUAUAGGGAGCUGUGUUUGCUUUUGAGACCGUGCUAAUGAUGAAGGAAAUAGUCAAGCACAUGAAGUUGCAAAGUUGGGUGCGAUGAUAGGUAAGGACAAGGAACCCAAUCCUAUCUGAGAGAUGGGGCUGAGAUGAGAUUUCUGUGAAAUGGGAUAGAUAUGGUGGGGUUUGGGGGGGGGAAGCGGUGGUGGUGGUGGUGUGCGGGAGGUGGUCUGACAACCCUGAAGUGGAGGCUGUCCUUGGAGACAGGCCUAGGUCAAGGAUAAAAUGGAAGAUACCUUGGAAGCACUUGUGUCAAAGAUUACACCAUCAGAAUGGAUGAUGGUGACAAAGGAGGAGGAAUUGCAAAAACAGAAGAGAGUCCUUACGUGAGGUGGAAUAUGGAAAGUGUAGUUAAGUGUUUCUAGUAGCAAUUGACGACAGUCGGUUCUCUAAAAUGAAGAAUAGAGAAGUCGAGGAGGGGAAAAUGAACAAAGUGUAUUGCAUUUAUUGUAAUGAACAGUACUGGGAUGCAUCAGAUGAAUGUCAUAAAAUAAAUUAAGUCAGAUGACCAAAAGGUCGAUUUAAAGAAGUAGAUUUCAAGAAUUGUCUUAAAGGAGGAAAGCAAGGUAGUGAGGUGGAGAAGGGUGGUGAAGUAAUUGCAGAGCUUAAGGCCCAGGCAACUGAGGCACAGUCACCAAUGAUUGGGAAUACACAAGAGAUCAGAAUUUGAGAAUCACGUAAUCUCCCCAAGGGUUGAGAGUUUGGAGGAGAUUAUACAAAUAGGAAGGAGAAGGUCACUCAGGUACCAUUGCAGAAAACCCAACCAUGUGGAGGCAAGGAAGAGUAAUAAUGUUUGUAGUAAUGUUGAUGAAAUAUUACAGUUUAGACUGCAAAUAGGAAAGUGGCACCAAGAAAGUCAUCAGUGUACCAGAAAGAGAGAUGAGGUCAGGGACCUGAGUCAGACUGAAUUCUGUUAUUUGCUUGUUGUCAGAAGGUGUUUACAAAUAAUAUCUGUGGCAGAGCUGGAACAAGGCUGCCCUAUUUCUCUUAUGUUACAAAGUGAACCUAUUCCCUAUCUCCUCCUCUUGCUUCAGUGCUUUUCAUUUUGCGGAGGCGAAGGUUAGGGUGCAUAAGUUUAGGAGAGAAAUUUGGAAAUUUUUUCACACACACAGAAUAGCAGAGAUUUGGAACUGUGCUUCAAAUAGAGGUUAAUGGGAGAUCAGUUGUUGAUUUUAAAUCUGAGAUUGAACAACUUUAUUAGCUGAAUUUAUGAAGGAGUAUAGAGGUAGGGAAAGGUGUAUGCAGAAUUAGGUUAAGAAUGUGCCAUCAUCUUAGUGAAUGGUGGAACAGACUCGAGGGACAAAUGACCCCCUUUUUCUUGCUAUAUUCCUGUACUGUCAACUAAAUAUGGCAAACAUUAAGUUUUUUGUCAUGUUUUAGCUUGACACUUUCUCUUUAAUUUCGACACAACAUUCAAGAAGUUCAAAUCCAAAUAACAGAACAGUUAUGUUCUGACAUAACUCAAUAUAAUUUUGCUAGGACUCCUAUUAGUUUUAGCCUUUGAACAGAUAGUUGAAGUAUGGAAGGCUGCUUAACUUGAGAGUGUUUGAAGGGGCACUGAUGAAGGACCGUUUAUUCUAUGUCUAAACUUCUGUGGUACUAGCUGUUGGAGAGUUUGAGAGACAGUUUAGAAGGAGUUCUACUCUACAUCUAACCCCGUACUCUACUGCUCUGGAGUCAUUCAUAGGAUAUUGUAAAGAGACCUUUACUCUUUAUUUAAUCCCAUGCUUGACCUGCCUUAGGGGUGUUUGAUGGAAGCAGAGAACAGGGAACUUCAUACUACCUAACCCUGUGCUGUACCUGCACUGGCAGUGCUUGAUGAGGAAUGUAAAAGGUGCUUUACUCUGUCUCUAACUUGUGCUGUGCCUCCAUUAGGUGUGUUUGAUGUUGAUUCCUCAUGCCUGACAUGGCAAAGUGCUUAAUGAGCAUAGAACUCUGGAGAAAAAAAUAGUAGAAACAUUUGUUCAGAAAUAUUUAUCAUUCAGCCCUGUCUAAAUAGAUUGUGUUUUAAAUAUGUGGUUUAUGAAGCAUCUUCGAACUCAGGGUUUUCCUUUCACGGGUUAGCCAGCAUUGCCCUGCGUGGAUAUUGGGGGCUCUGCUGAGUCACUGAGAUAUAUGUCUAUAGCUGCUGACAGUCAUAUUACUGCUUGAAACUUCCUUCAUGUACAACUAACUGUGUAACUUAUUUGGCCAUAUAUUAAUGGCAACUCCUUUUGAAUUCAGUUGACAUUUAUUCAAAUCCACAAGUGCUUUAGGUGGUGAGAAGUUGCCAGGACUGUGGGAUUCAGAGUUAGUCUUAGACUUUCACAAAGCUCAGGUUCUGAUGGGAAUAUUCUGUAUAUGGCAAAUAUCAAAGGAAGAAAUAACUGUAUACAAAAGUUUAAUUAAAAAAUUGCAGUUUAUUAUGUAUAUUGUAUAACAUUUAUUGUUUCCCUUUUGAGAAAUUAACAUGAUUUAAUAUCUGUUCUAAUUAUAUGCAUUUUGUAUUGCUGUUAUUUAUUCAUACUUUCACCUAU